AUGUGUUUAACCUUCAUCAAUCUAUCUCAAAACAAUGGUUUGUCAGGAACUCUUCCGCCGUCAAUUGGGAAUUUGACAAAGCUUGUGAACCUAUUGCUAACCGGAUGCAGCUUCCAUGGCCUAAUUCCAGACACAUUAGGAUCUCUAACACAGCUUGUCAAUUUAUAUCUGAAUUCUAAUAGCUUCAGUGGACCUAUACCAGCUUCCAUUGGCAAUCUUACCAACCUUGUUUUGCUGGAUUUGACUGAUAACCAGCUCAAUGGAACAAUUCCAGUCUCUAAUGAAACUUCACCUGGAUUGGAUGGACUAGUUAAUGCAUUGCACUUUCAUUUUGGAAGAAAUCAGCUCACAGGACCAGUCUCACUUUCACUUUUCAGCUCAGAAAUGAAAUUGAUACAUGUGCUUUUUGACAACAACAACUUCACUGGUAGCAUCCCCACUUCACUAGAACAUCUGCAAAACUUGCAGGUCAUACGCAUGGACAAGAAUUCAUUCAACGGGACUGUCAGUUUCAACUUCACUAGCUUCCCAAACAUCACUACAAUAUAUUUGUCCAACAAUCAAUUGACUGGCCCUUUGCCUAAACUUACUGGCUUGAGCAAACUCAACUAUGUGGACAUGAGCAAUAAUAGCUUUGAAGGGUCAACUAUUCCACCAGGGUUUUCAAGCUUGCAAUCUUCGACAACUUUAGUAAUGGAGAACACAAAUCUUCGAGGACCAAUACCCGUUGAACUCUUCAGUCUUCCUUGGUUGGAGUCAGUGAUACUAAAGAACAAUCAACUUGAUGAAACCUUAGAUAUUGGCACAAGCUAUGGAAGCCAACUGCAUCUCAUUGAUGUGCAGAACAAUUCCAUAGAAUAUUUUGUAGUAACAGGAUAUAAUAAGAGUUUAAAUCUCCAGAAUAAUCCAAUUUGUGAGCAAUCAGUAGAAAAGAGCUGCUUAGCUCCCCAAGUUCCAAGUUCUUCACCUUCCACACCACCAAAUAAUUGUGUGCCUAACUGUUCAAAUUCCCCAAUCAUUGGAAUCUUAAUCUUCAGAUAUUUUAGCUUCUCAAACUGGGACAACAUAAGUUACUACAAUUUUCUUAGAGAUAAGUUCAUGGAUUCUUUCAAAGCAUCAAAUCUCCCUGUAGACUCAAUGACCUUCCGGUUCGUGACUGGGAAUGAUUACCUAGAGUUGGACGUGAAGGUCUUUCCAUCUGGUAGCAACCGUUUCAACAGAACGACUUUUGCCAUGAUCAGUUCUCAGCUAAACAACAUAAAUUUUGUCAAUCUCUCACCAAAUUAUGGACCCUCCUAUUACAUCAAUCACAGUAAUUAUUUCCAAGAGAAAAAGUCACAAAUUUGGGUCAUGAUUGGAGCAACAGUUGGUGGAUUUAUACUUGUAGUACUAUUACUUUCCGGAAUGUAUGCUAUCCGUCAGAGGAAGAAAGCAAGAAGAGCAACUAAACUAAACGAUCCAUUUGCAUCUUGGAACCCAAAUGACACCACUACUAGUCCUCCUAUAAUCAAUGCUCCAAGACGUUUUUCCUUUAAAGAGCUUAAGAAAUGCACUAAAAAUUUUUCAGACACCAACAUUUUAGGAACCGGGGGAUACGGACAGGUUUACAAAGGAAAGCUUGAAACAGGGUUAGAAGUUGCAAUUAAAAGAGCUAAGCAGGGAUCAUUGCAGGGUCGAAAGGAGUUUAAAAGCGAGAUUGAGAUGCUAUCAAGGGCUCAUCAUAAAAAUAUUGUUAGUCUUGUGGGUUACUGCUACGAGCAAAGUGAACAGAUGCUGGUUUAUGAAUUCAUUCAGAAUGGUACUCUAAAGGAUAGUCUCUCAGGAAAAUCAGGAAUCCAGUUAAGUUGGACGCAGAGACUGAGAAUAGCCAUUGAUUCAGCAAGAGGUUUGGAAUAUUUGCAUGAUCAUACAAAUCCAUCAAUCAUACACAGGGACAUCAAAUCAAAUAACAUUCUACUCGAUUAUCACCUUACAGCAAAAGUUGCUGAUUUUGGUAUAUCUAAGACUUUGGAUGGGAUAGAAAACAGUCGUGUUACCACUGAGGUCAAAGGAACCCGAGCAAGUAUAGCAUCCUCCAAAAUCUUACACCAGAAAAAAUGAACUUUAAUUUCCCAUUUUGGUAAUGAACAUAAAGGUAAAGAAGUAAUAAAUUACAGGAAGGUAAUAAGCAUGUUGGCUAAUGGAAUUGAGUUCAUUGAUGAUUAUACUGUAGCACUGUAUAAGUUAGCCUGGGAAUGGAACCUUUUUUUUUUUUUCAAUGGUGCAGGGAUACUUGGAUCCCGAAUAUUUCAGGACGUAACAGUUAACAAAAAAGAGUGAUGUUUAUAGCUUUGGAGUGGUAAUGCUAGAGUUAAUAACUGGGCGAAGUUCAAUUGAACGAGGGAGGUACAUUGUGAGUGAGUUGAAGAAGGCAAUGGAUAGGACAAAAGAUUUAUAUAACCUCCAUUUGUGUAUUGAUCGUGUCAUGAACCAGGACACUUUAAGUGGUUUGGAGAAUUUUGUUAAUCUGGCAAUGAGGUGUGUUGAAGAUUUGGGGGCCAAUUGGCCUACAAUGAGCGAGGUGGUCAAACAGAUUGAAGACAUCCUGCGGCUAGCUGACUCUGAACCCCAAUCGAAAUCAUCAGUCUUUUCUAUUACUUUCAAUUAACCUUUAAUAAAUUGAACACUCUUGAGAGGAAAAUCUUAGUGUUGAUUUAAGAUUCCUUUUAAUUGAAAGUAUUGUGAAUACUCUUACGUUUAUGUCUUUUGUAAAGCAAGGAUUUUGAUUGAAUGCCAAAUACUGUAAUUUGGAGGAGCUCUGGCUAUUAUACAGACAUGUAAAUUAACGUUGACUA